AUGCGGGGACUUGCAGUUCUUCGUGGGGUGCAUCCCUUGAGGGCGUCCCUCCGCCCCGCCUUUUCCUCUCUUCUCCCUCCUUCGCGUCAACAUUUCCAAUUCCAAUAUUCAACUACAUCUUCAGGUGGUCACCGUGCAGCGCCUUUAGAGGGUGUGACAGUUGUGAGCCUGGAACAGGCCAUUGCUGCACCAUUCUGUACAAGACAGUUGGCCGAUCUCGGCGCCCGUGUCAUCAAGGUUGAACGACCUGGAGUUGGUGAUUUUGCCCGGCAAUAUGACACGCGUGUAAAUGGAGAGGCUUCCCACUUCAUUUGGACCAACCGAUCCAAAGAGAGUUUGGCACUCGAUUUGAAGGAUGAAAAGGACCAUUCCACGUUGAUGAAGCUAUUGGAGAAGGCCGAUGUGCUCGUUCAGAACUUGGCCCCAGGUGCUGCUGCGCGUUUAGGCCUCUCCCACGAGUCACUCAAAGGGAAACACCCUUCCCUGAUCGUUUGCGACAUCUCCGGGUACGGUCAAGAUGGCCCGUAUCGCGACAAGAAGGCAUAUGACCUACUCAUUCAGAGUGAGGCUGGUAUGUUAUCCGUGACUGGCACUGGCAAGGAGCCCGCCAAGGUGGGGAUCUCAAUUGCAGAUAUCGCCGCAGGAAUGUACGCCUACACCAAUAUUCUCUCAGCCCUAAUUCAGCGCGGCAGAGAUGGCCAAGGCUGUAAAAUUGAUAUUUCCAUGCUCGAGAGUAUGGUUGAAUGGAUGGGCUUCCCUAUGUAUUACGCCUUUGAAGGUGCUGCUGGCCCAGUCCCCGCGGGUGCAUCGCAUGCCUCUAUUUAUCCAUAUGGUCCAUUCGAAACUGGGGACGGACAAACCGUCAUGCUCGGUAUACAGAACGAGCGGGAGUGGGCCAACUUCUGCACCGAUGUCCUCUCCCAGCCCGAGAUCGCGUCAGACGAGCGAUUCGCUAGUAACUCGCUACGGACACAGAACCGCGAUGCUCUCAAAGCCAUUAUAUGUGAUAGCUUUUCGAAACUCACAGCAGAAGAGACUACCGCGCGACUUGACAAAGCCGCAAUUGCUAAUGCCAACGUUAAUGACAUGCAGGGCGUUUGGAACCACGCCCAACUCAAGGCCCGCGAGCGAUGGACGGAAGUCCAAACACCAGCCGGGAUUGUCCCAACCCUUCUUCCCCCAGGGUCAACCAAUGCGGCCGAUAAGGGAGGAUAUGGUGCUCAGAUCGCAUCAAUUCCGAAGGUGGGGGAGCAUAACCAAGCCAUUUUGGCCGAGCUAGGACUAGAAUAA